UGUAUGUCUGUCAUUUCUGAGAUGAAGCCAAUCUCCCCGACGCGUCGUACCUUCAACAGCCUGAUAAAGACUGAUAGCCAGGGGCUAUCGACAACCUUUCAAUUGGAGGUCCCACCGAGAUCGGGAGGUCAACCCAUUUGCGGUCACCCGGAAAAUACCCACCCAUUCCAGGCCGGAGAUCGUAUUGUGGUGAAAAACAGCUGACAAGAAACAAGAAAUAGCAGGAUUUCGCCUAUGGACCAGAAACUACGGUUGUAGCAGUAACCAGAACAGCAGUCCUCACUGAACAUAGUUCCAUCUGGAUCCAUGCUGCCAGAGCGAAGCUGGUCGAGAAAGCCCUGACCUCGAACAGGACAAUCAAGGAAAGGGGGUAUUAACGGGGGGUAGAAAACCCUGACCCUGAAGAAGA